AUGGUAGAGCUUGCCGAGGUUGACGAAAGCCACAACUACGCCAACGAGAUUGUCGACAAAGCCGUCGAAGAGAGCGGUCCCGAGGGAUUUCGCGUGCUGACCAAUUUCACGUCAAAGACAACACCAAAAGACGCUUUGUUCGUUACGUUGGUCGUUUUAAAGCACUAUCAAAUGUGGGACAAGCACGCCCUCGACUUGGGCAUGAAGGCGCCGACGUUGGAGAAGAUGCCUGUCCUGUACGAGCACUUUGUGACGAUUGCCGAGAAUGACGGACCUGCGGGGCAAAGCGCCGUGUUCCGCAACUACCUGUUCGCCAAGUAUGCGACCGAUGUCAAGUUCUAG